AUGUAUGUGACAAGGCCUCUGUCUAUGUAUAGAAGGUCACCUGAGUCACUGUCCUUACCACCCCCAGAGGGGCCAAAUUCUGGUUAUCUUGUGCUCCAUGAUGAAGAAUCCGAUGAGGUAUCAUGUUGUGGAUGCAUUGAUAACCGGGUUAGAGACACGCCUUUCCCUCAGAAUGAGGAUCUAACAGUUGGAUAUGGCUCAGAUGACGACCCAGUUGCAUUCAUUCCAGUGCUCGAUCAGCCCUUGUCUUCCAACAGAUACCAUGUGAUCCACCGGAGAGGGAGGCAUAAAGGGGAAGCAUGCACAAAUUCAAGGGAAGAGGACAUGGGGAUUGGCUUCUUCAACAGACGAUCUGUUCGAGAUGUUAAUCCAAAACCGUUGGAUCCAUCAGACAUAUAUCAGCAAGUUGAGAUACUUACUGGGGAUAACUACUACAAGGGUAGUUUUACUGCCAAGUCUGUUGCUCCAGAUGGGUUUCCUCCUAAAUUCUUGAGGACAAAAGGGUGGAUUGUGACCAGGCGCACACCUUAUGAUUACCAACUGGGUGAAGCCCCAGGGCUCAACUCUUCACUACGAGCAAGCCUUCCGGGGUUCGAUUUUCCAUUAUCACAUGAUUGCUCUGAAGCUGUGUUUGUAGGCAAGUGGUAUUGUCCUUUCAUGUUUGUCAAGGAAGGAGGGGUGAGGCUGAAGGACCAAAUGAAAAAAUGCAUGUUCUAUGAAAUUAGACUUGAGCAAAGAUGGGAAAAGAUUUUCGAUAGUGUUAACGAAAAGGUUGAGGGGAAAAAUAAUGGUACUGUGUUUGUGGAUGCUUUUGCUCAAAGAGAGGUGGUUUUUGUUGGUGGAAGUGAAGGUAUUUGGGAUGAAAGAAAUGUGAGUGGUGAUGGGUUCAUGUGGUUUAAGAGUUUUGAUGGUGUGGGAGGAGAAACAAGUGUAGGGUUGAGCAUGAAAGUUGUGGAGAGAAUGAAAUGGGAGCAAGAGAGAGUUGGAUGGGUUGGUGGAGAUGAAAGGCAAGUGAGAGUGGAGAGGGUGGAGGAGUUUGGAGGGACAGGAGGCAUGUGGAAGAGAUUUGGUUGCUAUGUGUUGGUAGAGAGGUUUGUGUUGAAGAGAAUGUCUGUGAAUGGAAGCCUUGCACUACUCACAUAUGAUUUCAAGCACACACACCAGAUUAGGAGCAAAUGGGAAUGA